AUGACAUCAAUGCCAACCGGUCUUCGUAUUAUUAUCGUGGGCGCCGGCUUCUGCGGCCUGACCGCUGCAAUCGAAUGCAAGAAACGCGGAAUGCACCCGAUCCUUAUCGAAGCAUAUGCGGGUCCCAGCUCGCACGGAGAUCUCCUUGACUUUGUGACCAAUGGCGGCCUCGUAUUCGAGUCCUGGGACAAUGGCAAGGUUGCGCAGUUGUUAAAUGAUUCAGGUGUCAACAAUGCGAAGACGCUUGACUAUUUCAACGCAGAGAAUGUGCUUCUGCGACAAGAUCCGUGGCCACAGAGUAAAUACUCAAAGGGGGUCUUUGCAGGUCACCGUGGAUGCAUGCACAAAAUUAUCUACGACUAUGCAGUUGAGAUUGGCGUUGAGCUGCGAUUUGGAACACGUGUGGCUCAGUACCUGGACCAUGCGACGGAACGCGGCGUUGUUGUUGACACUGGAGAAAGGAUCAUGGGUGAUGUCGUUCUUGCUUGCGAUGGGCCCAAGUCACUGGCUCGCUCGCAACUGUUGGAGCUUCCCGAGAGCAAAGUCAAUAGCGGCUAUGCCAUUUUCAGGGCCUUCUUCACGGUUACAGAUGAGAUGCGUGACGAUCCACUGAUGAAAGAGAUAAUCGAUCCGACCGAAGACAAAACACGAUUUUGGGUAGGCAGGGAUCUGCAUGGAUUUAUCUAUACAUGGAACAAGGGAAGGGAUUGCGCGUGGGUCCUCACUCACCGGGACGACACUGAUAUCGCCGAGUCGUGGUCAUUCCCGGCAAAAAGAGAAGAUGUUCUGCCUUAUCUUGACCGUGCCGGUUUCCCUGAAACUUGGCGACGGGUUGUGGAAUUCACACCGAACGAUCGCCUGCUUGAUUACAAGCUAGUUUGGAGGGACCCUUUGAAGACAUGGUUAUCCCCUUCAAAGCGUUGCGCUGUGAUGGGCGAUGCUGCCCACUGUCAUCUUCCAACUUCUGCGCAAGGCGCUUGUCAAGCGGUUGAAGAUGCUGCGGCGGUAGCAGUGUGCUUGGAAAAAGCCCAGGGAGAUGUCGAGCUGGCCCUGCAGGUAUUUGAACGAAUCCGCUAUAAUCGCUCGCAUGUGAUCCACCAGGCUUCUAUAUCUACCCGGGACAUUUACCAUCAGAACGAUUGGACCUUGGAGUUUGUUAAAGCUCAUCCGGAUUCGCUCAUCAUGCCUUUCUAUCCUUGGGUAGUGGACUACAAUGUCUUUGAGACAAUCGAGGCAAACUUCGCUCGUCUGGCUGCAGAUGUUAGAAGCGGAAAGAAAGGAAGUAUUGAACAGCUUGCGCUACCUGCUGGGGGAACCUAUGAUGCCAUGAAAAUUGUGAAUUCCAAAAUGCCGGACGAGCUUCGCCUGCCUGUAGGGUUAAAUGCACUGAAAGCCGCAGCAUGA